UUUCACCACUUUUGUCGGAAGCUCGACAGGCCGCAUGGGCAACGCAUCCGGAUCCGACUUGUGGUGGGCAGCCUAUCACGGCAAAGAGGCUGACGUGGCAAGCCUCCUGCGCGGCGGCGCCGACCGCAACUACCUCAACAUGCAACGACAAUCGCCACUGUGGAUCGCAACCGAUCGAGGCCACGAAAGCGCGAUGCGCUGCCUCCUCGACGCUGGCGCGGACGUCAACCUCGGCGACGAAGUAUACAUAUCUUGGUCGCAGCCGCCUUCCCGAUGCCUUGGCCAUAGGACACCCGGACGCCAUUGUUCAUGGCCUGCCACAACGGCCGUGAAGCGCUGGUGCGGCGGCUUCUCGGUGCCAACGCCAACGUCCACAUUAGCAAUAACUUUGGCCAAUCGCCGCUGUGGGUGGCCGCCAGCAAGAGUGACGUCAUCGUACAAUUGCUUCUCAGCGCGGGGGCUAAUAUCCACCAAAGCGCCUUGAACGAGUGGACACCGCUGUACCAUGCGGCGGCGGGUGGACGCGAGGCCAUAGUCAAACGUCUACUGGAAGUGGGGGCUAACGUCGAUCAAAGCACCAACUUACGAGAGACACCGCUGUACGCGGCGUCGGUCCGCAAGUUUGAGAGCGUCGUCCAGCGCCUGCUUCUUGCCAACGCCAGUGUCAACCUGUGCCAACACGAAGGCGAAACCCCGCUGUAUGCAGCGUCCGAGUACGGGUGCGACGCCGUGGUUCAACACCUGUUGAAGGCGCGCGCCGACGUCAAUUUAGCCAAUCGCUUGGGAAAAUCGCCGCUGUUUAUAGCCUCCGAGUACGGACACGAUGUUGUCGUGCGCCGCUUGCUCGCGGCGGGGGCUUGUGUCAACCAAGUCGAUACGCUUGGCCGGGCACCGCUCUGGAUCGCCGCCCAAAAAGGUCGAGACUUGGUGCUUCAUUUGCUCGUGGCCAAAAAAGCAAUGCUCGACCACGGCGACAACGACGGCCAAACCCCACUCUCAAUCGCUGCGGAGAAGGGGCAUUUGGACGUGGUCGCGUUUCUCAUUGGCGAAGGCGCCAACAUCGACGCCGCCAUGACGGACGCAGCGACGCCGCUUUUUCUGGCCAAAAAAAAUGGGCAUGCAAAAGUGGUUGCGUUCAUUAUAGAGGCCAAGAAGCGGCCUCGCACCACCAUCACCAACAAUUACACUACGAAUGGCGUCGUCUUUAACGGCAACCACGCGACCAACCAUGGGCCCGUGACGCAGCACCGCAAAGCUCCUUAGAUACGAUAACGACGCCGUACAUAUAUGCUAC